CGUUUUUUUUAAAAGGCCGAGCGUCUUCUGAUUGCCAACUGCUGGUCGAGGCCUCUGCUGGUGGACUGUUAGUCCCCGAAAGUAUCUACAGCCCAGUAGCUAAGUACUUUGUUACUAGCUUAAAAAUACGGAUGUAUAUUUAAUUGCUGUUAUAAAAUUUAGAAAUUAAUUUCAAAAUUAAGUGAUUAUCUCCCUCAUGCAUAGCUCUUAUCCUUGGACGAAUUUGGCUCCACGUUUUUGGCACGCUGUUUUUGGCUAUAUUUAGCUCUAAAACUUCAUAGUUAUUUCGGAUUUCAAACAUUUCGGUCGAGCAUCACUGAAGAGACAUUAUUUGUCGAAAUGCGCAUCUGGUGCAUCAAAAUUAAUACCGUAUAAGUUUUACAUACAAGUGAAGUCAAUAAAGAUAAAUAAUCAUAAACGAUUCAAUGCAAUGAAUAUUUUUUUUAUUUGAAUUUCUAAAACGAUGGCUAGAUAUAUUUUCAAUUUAUUUUACGUUCCAUCUAUGAUCCCGUGGGGAUCCGGGUUAGAAUAGGUCCUCAGUACCCCCUUGCUUGUUGUAAGAGGCGACUAAAUGGGGCAGUCCUUCGGAUGAGACCGAAAAAACCGAGGUCCCGUGUCACAGCUGGUGUGGCACGAUAAAGAUACCUCCCUGCUCAAGGACCGUAAGCGCCAAGCAUAGGCCUAGAUUUUGCAGCCCUUCACUGGCAGUCUCCAUAUGAGUGAAAUAUUCUCUAGAGGGAUGUUAAACAAUAUACAAUCAAUCAAUCAAUCAAUAUUUCUCUGUGAAUAGCAUUUAGCACCUUGAUAGAUCCUUGUCACUCCAGUUAAAUAACAACUGUUUUGUUUAGGCCCUACCUACUUAUGGCCAUGAAAUUGGUCUUUACCACUCAUCCAAUCUCAGCAGAAAUGACGGAAGUGCAGUUUGACAUAAAUGGCUGUUUACUACACGAAAAUAUACUCAUAUUUGAAUGAAGGGUAUAACAAAACAGUCAUUGACUAGGAUUUAGUAACGUGAUUUUUUGGAUUUUCAGACAGAAAUGUCGACCUCGGCCUUUGAAUUUGGGCAACAUUUCUGUUUGAAGGUCCAGCAAAUCAUAUGUUUCCCUUAUAUCAAGUCUAUAACUAUAAUAUAAUAACUGUAUAAUAUAAUAUAAUUGACCUUAAAGUAAUUCCACCCUCCUGUGAUGUCAUCAGAUUUUGCAAAAUCAAUGAUUUCUUUACAUUUAUGCGUGAUAGGAACAUAAAUUUUGUUUGAGUCUUUCCCGAUAGUUAUUGUAAAAAAUCUUGUUAAAAAUAGACUAUUUCAAGAGUCCAAAUUAUAGAUGAAUAAUCAAUGAUACGUUUUAAAAUAUUGAAUCCAAGGGCAAUAACUCUGUUUCUAUUGAUUUCUUUAUCAAGUCUAUUAUGCGAUAGAUUUCCUUUAUUUUUACAGACAUUUUGUAUAUUUUUGUGAAGAUCCACUUUCAUGAAAUUGUUAUGAAUGCUACUAUAUCGUCAUAACCAGUUUGUAUGAAAUUUUGAUAACGCUGUUUAAGGAAAAUUGCAAUUUUCUGACGGUGAUAGAUGAUUCUGUUUAUGUACGUCUCGUAUCUUAAAAAGUGUGAUGACAUAUGUAUUUUAUUUCAUAAUUUGUUAGUUUUAACUCUAAUGAAUGGAAAUAAAUACAUUUUUCAAACUUGUAUCAGAUAAAACUGCGAGUAUGGAGUUACCUUAAUCAGUAAAUAAUCUUUUGUUUUAUUGUUGUCAAAUUUUAAUUUUAUUCAUAACAGAGACAUUAAUGAAGGAGAGGAACUAUUAUAUGAUUACGGACUAAAGUCUUAUCCAUGGAAUUCUAAGGGUUCUAAGUGGAAAAUGCCAUUCUACAAUAUCAAAAAGUGCAGCCAUUGUUUCUACGAUUCUGUCCGCUACUUCUGUACCUGCUGUCAGGAUAAUCUGUGUGAGAACUGUAGGCUAUUUCAUCUCCAGUGCCCUGCAAAGACUGCAAAAUGGCACAAUAUCGUCCAUUAUCGGGACAAAAAUAGAGGCAUUGUUCAGAGACGGGCAUGUAAUUAUCACAAGGACUUCACCAGCACAGCAUAUUGCUACGAAUGCUAUCAUUCUAUAUGUGAACAAUGUACCGAUCACGAAAAUCACAAUACUGUUUCUGUAUCAGAGCUUCUCAAGGAGAAUGUAGAUUCUGUGCUUGGAAAACUAGAAAACCUCUCACAAAAUGUAAAGCCUGCAAUCGAGAGGAAAUACCAAAUUUACCUAAAAAAUCAGCGCAUGCUCGACCAGAGGAAAGAUGAAGUCCGCCAAAACAUUUUCCAAUACAUACAGAAAAUGCAGGACACAGUGAACCUACUAAGGGACUCGUUGUUUUCCAACUUAGAAGAUAAAAUUAAAAAAUUGAAAAAUGAAGUUAGCCGAUUCAUGUUGGAGACGAAAAGGGAGUAUGGUAAAUUGACAAAAACAAUACAUAGAACAAAGGAAUUUUUAAAAGAUAUUCAUGUCAUGCACAAUCCAGAAUUGUUUCCAAUGAAAGAACCCGAUGAUUCCGAGUAUCACCUGGAAGAACCAAACGUAGAAGUUCCGCAUAUAUACCUGUCCUCUUCAGAAAUCGACAUUGAAUUUCUGAGGAAUAAUUGCGCAACCAUCGCCGAAGGAAACUCCAAGUUUAUUGUAAAAGAAUCUGAAAUUGAUGAAUUCAACUGUAAAGGGAUUAAAAAUGAGAUUAAAGAUAUGAGUUAUAACACUAAACAAGAUACUAUGUGCAUAACCGAAAGUGGAAAGAAAGCCAUGUGUGAAAUAAACCACGCCGGAGAAAUCACUAGAGAGUACAACGUACAAUGUGAACCCAAGUGUGCAACUGUCUGCAAUACAGGUGUGAUAUACGGAAAUCCUUCAAAACAUACUGUAGAAAUUCUUCCAGUUGAAGUUCCGGAAGAGGCGAGAGUAAUUUUGUUCACGGAGAACUGGUUUCCUAGAGGAAUCUCAGUUUCGCCAUUGGGAGAAAUACUCCUGUGUCUUUAUACAUACAAAAAGAAAAGUCACGGAAAAGUGGUAGUGAUAAGAAAUUACGACUCCAAGUCAGAAAAGGAAGUGAUCACAAUUGAGUAUGACCAUAACGAUAAAGUUAUAUACCAAGAGCCAAGAUAUGUCGUUAUGAACAGAGACGACAUUUGCGUUUCAGACCGCAGAUCUCUGGUUGCUGUUGACUCUCUCAGGAAACUGAAAUUUGAGUACACAAAAGGAUAUUCAAAGUUUCCGUUAAAUCCACAGAAUGUAAACGUGGAUUCGAACAACCACAUCUUAUUACUGGACUUGUCCGAAAUAUCGGCCGUCAUACACAUCAUUAACGAAGAAGGACAUUUUGUUCAAUACCUCAUACCCAGUGGGUUACAUAAACCAACCGCCAUGAUCGUGGAUGGUAAGGAUCGUUUGUUUGUCGCGGAUGGUCCUAAUGGCAAAAUAAAAUGCUGGCCAUUGAGGUAUUAGUUAGUUCAUCAUGUGUUCUGUGAUAUUUAUACAACUUUUGAUUUAAUUAUCAUUUGACAUGUACUUUUAUACCUCAAACUUUUAUACUUGAUGUAAAGUCACUUAAGUGUUCAAAGGCAUUGUUGCCUGUAUGAAUUGUUCAGAUGAAUGAUUUCUUAAAAAAAAAAGUUGGUAAAUAAAUACUAGAUAUGACU